AUGGAGCCUUACUAUAGCAGACAAGAGGGUGGAGGCCUGGCCCAUGAUGGGGAUCGACAGCCCUAUACGCUCAGAAAGACCCUCAUAGUCUACAACUUCAGUAUGGUGGUCCUGAACUUCUAUAUCGCCAAAGAGUUACUAAUAGGUUCAAGAGCAGCCAGAUACAGCUACCUCUGUCAGCCUGUCAAUUACUCCAAUGAUGUCAAUGAAGUCAGGAUAGCCUCAGCUCUUUGGUGGUACUACAUCUCUAAAGGAGUCGAGUUUUUGGACACAGUGUUUUUUAUUCUGAGGAAAAAGUUCAACCAGGUCAGCUUUCUUCACGUCUACCAUCACUGCACUAUGUUCAUCCUGUGGUGGAUUGGCAUCAAAUGGGUUCCCGGAGGACAGGCCUUCUUUGGUGCAACCAUCAACUCGUCCAUCCACGUUCUUAUGUAUGGAUACUAUGGCCUCGCAGCGCUGGGACCUCACAUGCAGAAGUACCUCUGGUGGAAAAAAUAUCUGACCAUUAUUCAGAUGAUCCAGUUCCACGUGACCAUUGGCCAUGCGGGGCACUCCCUCUACACAGGCUGCCCAUUCCCAAACUGGAUGCAGUGGGCUUUGAUCGGCUACGCUGUCACCUUCAUCAUUCUGUUUGCUAACUUCUACUACCACGCAUACCGAGGAAAACCAUUCCAGAAAGGAGGCAAACACGUGUCCAACGGCAGCUCUGCGGUCACCAACGGUCACAGCAAAGCAGAGGAGGUGGAGGAAAACGGGAAAAGGCAAAAGAAAGCAAGAACCAAACGGGAGUGA